UGAACGUAGCUUAAUCCACCAAAUGUCACUUUUGACAUUAGUGUUUUCUAACCUCAAUUAGACAAAUUUUAGUUUUUAAGCCUUCAAAAACCUCAAAUCUGUGAUAUCACAAUGCUGGCAACACGCACUCGGCUCCUUUUAUGUAUUUUCAACAAAUCAAGUGUCUUCCGUUCCUAUUGCAAAAAAGCAACAAAAGGGAAAUUCGAGUUCCCUAGAAGGACAAUAUUUAAGUCUUAUGGCCAACCCACACACGAAACACACCCCCAACUUUUGCAAAAGGACGAAAUAACCCCCCAGAUUAAACGGUCCGAGUUUCAAGAACGGAGACAGAAAUUGAUGGAACAAAUCAGUGUGUACGUUAAUGAACGUAAUCCUGCGAUGAAGCAACAUUUGAUAGUUAUCCCUUCUGCUACAAAACAAUACAUGUCGGACAAAAUCCCUUAUUUUUUCCGCCAAAACACCGAUUUUCUCUACCUGACCGGAUGUUUGGAGCCCGACAGUUGUCUCGUUUUGGCCACGACAGCCCCCGAUCAGCAUUGCUCAACCCUCUUCAUGCGGGAGAAAGACGACCAUUCUGAGUUGUGGGACGGCCCCAGAACGGGGCCUGACCUCGCCCCAAGUGUGUUUGGAGUGGACCAAAGUCUACCAAUCAACGAACUCGAGAAUUAUCUACACUCGUUUUUCAAAUCCAACAACAAAUUUAGUCUUUGGUACGACUUCAUGAACCCCGUCCAAAUCGACGUACACAAAACAAUGGUCGAUUAUUUAAACUUCAUGCGACUGAAAAUGUGGGAAUCCCCGAAAGUUUUUAUACAUAAACAGAGACUAAUCAAGAGUCCUGCUGAAAUAGCUUUAAUGCAACAAUCUUGUGACAUUGGCGCCAAUUCGAUUGUUGAAACCAUCAAAGCUUCACGUCCUGGAAUAAACGAGAGUCAGAUUUUUGCUAAAGUCGAUUAUGAAUGUAGGAUGCAAGGGGCGGAGUAUUUGGCAUACCCCCCGGUGGUGGCGGGGGGUAACAGGGCCACCACUAUUCACUACAUUAACAAUAACCAAAUUGUACAAGAGGGAGAGAUGGUAUUAAUGGAUGCUGGGUGCGAAUUUCACGGUUAUUCAAGCGACAUUACCAGGACUUGGCCCAUCAAUGGAAGAUUUACCAACAGUCAAAGAGAGGUCUACGAGGUGGUUUUAGACGUUCAGAAGAAAUUAAUUCAGUUGUGUGGAAAUUUCCCCACUUUGGACAGUUUAUUUGACUCAAUGUGUGUGUUAUUGGGGAAGGGUUUGCAACAAAUUGGAGUAAUACCGAAGAUAUUGACCAAUCAGGCGUUGACACGGGCCGCCUACCAAUUUUGUCCACACCACGUGUCCCAUUAUUUGGGGAUGGAUGUUCACGAUACGCCCCUAAUUACGAGAAAUAUUAAAAUACAGCCAGGCAUGAUUGUGACAGUUGAGCCCGGGGUGUAUAUUAAUCACAAACACCAACAAUUACCAAAAGAAUUCCUCGGAUUGGGGGUACGAAUCGAAGACGAUGUUUUAAUUACUGAGUCCGGCCCUGUGGUUCUUACCCGCAACUGCCCCAAAGAGGUGUCAGAUGUUGAGAAUAUUUCUAGUCAGAAUUUGUGACUUGUUUAAAAAUAAAAAAUAUUUUAUUCAAUUCGUUUGAGUAUCA